AUGAAUAUAUUUAAGCUUGCAACCACACAUUUAAAAGACAGAGAGACCUGUCUAAACUGGUUGAGGAGUGAAGGACUUUUAAUCGGUGAAAUAGACUGUCCCGUGUGUAAAAACCGAAGAAAGAUAGUAAAAAAAAUGAAAUUGGAGUGGAAUCAUGGUUUAGGACGGUUUAAAUGCAGAGAUAGGCAUGACCAAAAAACCAUUAGUGCUACUCGGGGUACAUGGUUUGAAAAUGUCAAAAUUUCGCCUGAGAAAGUGGUUCUACUCACUUACGCCUUUGCUCAUAAGUUUAAUCAGGAGCAGGCUAUCAAGGAAACUUCUAUAGGUGACAGAAUCACAUCUUCAGCUACAGUAGUUAAUUGGUACUCAUACUGUCGGGAAAUCUGCAUGAUAUCCCUAGAUGAACAAUUGGAGACUGAGGGCCAGAUUGGAGGACUGGGUAAGAUAGUGGAAAUAGAUGUAUCCCUAGUAGGGAAAAGGAAAUUUAACCGAGGUCGUUCACGUGAAGGCAAUUGGAUAUUAGGUAUGAUUGAAAAAGACGGCUCCGGUUAUAGACUGGAAAUAUGUCUGGAUAAUGAAUGUCCACGUGACACUCUAUUUUCACUUAUUCAGAAGCAUAUAGCCCCUGGUACAGAAAUUUGGACAGAUUGCUGGAAAGCGUAUGAGGGGCUAGCAGACAUACCUGGCAAGAACUACACUCAUAAAACAGUCAAUCAUCGCUCUUUGGGUGUAGGGAGAUUUGUAGAUCCCACCAGUGGUGUUAACAUUCAAGCAAUAAAAGGAAGCUGGAAGCACCUUAAAUAUGGAGUGAUAAAUGCGGGAUAUAAAAAAGAGGACCUUGCUGACCACCUGUGCACAUACAUGUGGCACAGAAUCGUGAGAAAAAGAGGAGAGGAUCCUUUUGAUUGUAUGUGGCAGGCAAUCAAAAAUAUAUAUCCAAUAAAGGAAUGCAAUUUA